AUGUUUCCGUAUAUACCCGACAACGAGCUUCAAUAUCCGGUUAAACUAAGCGUAGAGGAUAUCCUCGCUGUACAAAAUCUGUACGGAUUUCACGACGACGGAGAUCGGCCCGCGAUUCCCGCGACCACCGCGGCGCCCGCUACCACCGUAGCGCCGACGACCGGCGUCGCGCCGACCGAUCCGUCGCGCGCGGAUCUUUGCGCUUUACGGCGCCUAGACGCGGCCUUAAUAAUGAAUCGACGUUUAUACGUAUCUAAUCGACGCAACGUAUGGUCGAUCGAUCUAACCGAGAAACGCUACGGUAGACCCAUGACGCUAACGGAAUACACGACGUUUCUUCCGAACAACUUCACGCGUCUAUCCGCCGCGUAUCAAAGACCCUCGGGCGAUCUCGCUCUAUUCGCGAACGACGCGAUCUAUCUCGCGGAAUAUCCCAGUUUUAAAUUGAAAUCUAAUUGGCCUAGAUCCCUUCACAGUAUCGGAUUUCCUCGAAACGCUAAGAUUAACGCCGCGAUAAACACGCACUCGGGACGAACCUACGCUAUCUACGACGACGACAAAGUAGCUGAGAUCGACGAGUGCCGCAUGCUGGUCGUUAAACACGCUCCGUUAAAAGAUAUAUUUCCCGGAAUACCAUCCGCGAUAACGUCGGCCUUUCGAUACAUCAACGGUAAUCUUUGCUUCUUCGCUAAACGUCAAUUUUACGCGUUUAACGAAUUUAAGAACAUCGUUACCUCGGCGGGUCCCUUCGACCUGCGCGUUCUCGAUAUAGAGUGCCCCACGGAAGGACUAUUACGACAAUUACGGGAUCUCCUUAGUCGCGUCUAUCGCCUCGACGACUCGAUCGAGAACGCCGACGAGGACGACGAAAGCGACUUCCCGUAA